GUGAAGUGCCAGCAUUAUAAGAAAAAACGAACGGAGCAACAAGAAACUAUUGCUUCUUUGCAAACGGAAGUCUGUAGAUUAAGAAAGGAGGAAGAAGAUCGCAUUGUCACUCAAAACAGAGUGUUUGCCUAUCUGUGCAAAAGAGUUCCUCAUACCGUCUUGGAUAGACAGUUGCUUUGUCUAAUUGAUUACUAUGAAUCUAAAAUUAGAAAAAUUCAUACACAAAGGCAAUAUAAAGAAGAUGAAAGUCAGUCAGAAGAAGAAAAUGACUACAGAAGUCUGGAUGCCUCACCAACUUAUAAAGGCCUUUUAAUGUCAUUACAGAAUCAACUCAAGGAGUCAAACUCUCAGAUUGAUGCACUUUUAAGUGAAAAGCUGAACCUCCAAAAAGAUUUGGAAACCAGGCCCACACAGCAUGAAUUAAGACUUUAUAAACAGCAGGUGAAGAAGCUGGAAAAAGCCCUUAAGAAAAGUGUCAAAUUACAGGAGCUUAUUAGUCCUAAGAAGGCUGAGGACACAGAGAAAAAAGAUGAGCCCAGCAAAUAUAAUCAGCAACAGGCCCUAAUUGACCAGAGAUACUUUCAGGUGCUGUGUAGCAUCAAUUCAAUUAUCCACAAUCCAAGAGCUCCAGUAAUAAUUUAUAAACAGAGCAAAGGGGGAGCCCAAAAUUUUAAUAAAGAUCUUAUUCAAGAUUGUGGAUUUGAGCAUCUUGUUCCUAUAAUAGAAAUGUGGGCAGAUCAACUGACAUCCUUAAAGAGUCUGGAGGAGAAAGAGAACACUCUGAUUACAGCCCCCAAGAAAGGCUUUGCCGUGGUAGAUUUGUAUAAGUCCUUGAAAACACUAUCUGCAGAACUGGUACCUUGGCAUAAUUUGAAGAAGCAGGAUGAAAAUGAAGGUAUCAAAGUUGAAGAUUUGUUGUUUAUAGUAGAUACUAUGUUGGAAGAAGUUGAAAAUAAGGAAAAGGACAGCAAUAUGCCAAACUUUCAAACUUUGCAAGCUAUUGUCUCUCACUUCCAAAAGUUAUUUGAUGUGCCUUCUUUAAAUGGAGUCUAUCCUCGAAUGAAUGAAGUUUAUACUAGGCUUGGAGAAAUGAACAAUGCUGUGAGAAACCUCCAAGAACUCUUAGAAUUAGAUAGUUCAUCUUCAUUGUGUGUGCUGGUAAGCACUGUUGGAAAACUCUGUAGGCUGAUUAAUGAAGAUGUGAAUGAGCAGAUUAUGCAGGUAUUAGGACCUGAAGACCUCCAGAGCAUUAUCUACAAAUUGGAAGAACACGAGGAAUUUUUCCCAGCAUUUCAGGCAUUUACUAAUGAUCUACUUGAAAUCUUAGAAAUUGAUGACUUGGAUGCCAUUGUACCUGCAGUAAAGAAAUUAAAAGUACUUUCAUACUGAAAACAAAUCAAAUCAUUUUUACUGUGUAAAUUGUAUUCUUAACAUUUUGUAUUUUGUAGGAUUGAUCUUAUUUUGAGACAAGGGUUGUAAAAUGUAUUUGCUCUCAGAAUUCAUCCCCUUCUUAGUAUUAGGUCAUUCUUCAUCUCUAUAAUUUUUAUUAACUUUGAGAUUCUUAUACAGAAAAUAGUUUCAAGGGUAAAGUAGUUAAUUAACUUUAGAUCUCUUCAUUUAUUAAGCAAUUAUUGAGUGCUUAAAAUUUAAGGUUGUUUUAGAGUGGAGUUUGUGAGUAAAAGAGGAGGCCAGGGAGACAGAUUACAAGUAGUAGGUUGCAAUCUUUUAGAUUCAGGUUGUAGUAAUCUUUGAGCCACGACAAAAGGAAUGCCAAGAGCUCUCUAAAUUUAGGUAGUAGGAAGCUACUGCUCUCCUGGCAAGGAUUAAUUGGCACAUUCUGUUAAGAUACCCCUCAUGGGUAUCUUUCAAAUAGGAAGAAGCAGGAAGAAGAAAAGGAAGAAAGAAAAACUGUUUAAUCAUUUCUGUUAGGGUAGGAAAUGAAUCAUAGGGUAAAAUGGAUGAGUAGAUAGAAGUCUCUCAUUUAAAAAGUGUCUUUUGCAAUCUUGAUGUAAUGCACUUUUUAUAAGGACUUGAGAUCUCAAAUAAAAUUUUUGUAAAGAAUUUCCAAA